AUGAAAGUUCUCAUUCUUGGCGCUUCCGGAUUCAUCGGUUUCCCUGUUGCACAGGCGUUCGUACGCGCAGGGCACAUCGUCUACGGUAUUACCCGUUCAGAGACCAAGGCAAGGCAGCUCGCAGCUGAAGAGAUUAUCCCUAUCGUCGGAGACGGCAACGAUCGCUCCACCUGGCUGCCUCUCGUCGCAACUCUCGAUGUGCUCGUCGAUGCGACUGGCGGAACGGACGUGUGGACCAUCGGCCCGGAAAACCUGAACGCCACGGUCGACGCCGUCAAGCAAUACCGACCUGCCUCCGCGCCGAAGCUGGGUUAUAUCUACACUUCCGGUAUUUGGGUCCAUGGCAAUAAUCGCAAGGACAUCCUCACGGACACGACUCCCAUCACCACGCCCGUGGAGAUCGUCAAGUGGCGGCCGGAGCUGGAGCAGAAGGUGGUGACAAACCCGUUUGUAAACGGAGUAGUCAUCCGCCCCGCGCUCCUUUAUGGCCAUUCAGGGUCGCUGUUUGCUUCGCUGUUCCAAUCAGCGUUUGAGGGCUAUGUAAAGUGGUUCGGCCCUGCCGGAGGCCGUUUGUCCCUCAUCCACCGAGACGACCUUGCGAACAUCUUCGUGCUUGCGGCGGAGAAGUCGUCCAUAAUCCGGGGACAGAUUUUAGACGCAGCCAACGACUUUACGGAGAGCACGGAUGAUAUUCUGCAGAAGCUCGUCGAAGUCUCUGGAGCGAGCGGAUACACCUAUAUUGAGCCCACCAAUUUAUUCGAAACCGCCACCGUCACCUCCGCCAUCAUUCGACCCUACCUUGGUCGCGCCCUGCUUGGUUGGCAGCCGCGCAAGGCCGGCGUCGUGGAUCACUUGGAAAUCUACUACAAUGCGUGGAAAGCUAGCGCACGUCUCUGA